AUAAAUAUUUUUUUCAUUUUUUUCUCGUGGACCUCAGACCUCAGUCUCAAUUACAAGGGUUAAGUGGAUAUGAAAGUAACAUUAGGUAGGAGAGUAUGUAAUGAAAAAUAGGAGUAAUAAAUUUUUUAAGAAUCUUAUGCACGCAGCAUUACUCUACUGUUGUAAUUUGGCUCCUCUAAGUACAUAAAUUGUUAUUGAUAAACACGAUACACUACUUUCCCUUCCUAUCCCUAACCUAACAUUUGCUGCUGUCAGAAGCACAUUGCAUUUAUUUUUAAUAAAUUGCCAUAAAAUGUCUGUACAGUAUGGUAAAGUCAUUUCUCUUAUUUUACAAGAAAGAUUUGGCCCCGUUGUUGAAAAAGUGGGUACAUAUUUAUUUCAGUACGGAACUGUUCCUCUUUUAUACAUUAAGAAAAACACCAAUUUACCACUAUCUAAGGUAAAAGAGGCGUUAUGCAUUUUAAUCAAGUACAGAUUAGUGACCUUUACACCGAAUCGUAAUGCUAAUGUUGCCAACUAUACGUUACAACAUGACCAAGUCCUUUUGACACUACGUUAUGCAAAUUACAUAAAUCUCAUAAAGAAAAAAUUUGGAAAUGAGUGUGAAAUGAUUGUAGAGGAGUUGUUGCAACGGAGUUAUUGGACAGCAUCCGAACUCAUUUUAAAAGUAAUUGAAAGGUUUAAAAAGGACCAUAACAAAGCUGUUACUAUUUUAUCAUUAAGAGAAAAAUUUAUUUCUUUGGUGAACGCUCAGUAUUUAAUAAGACUUCCAUAUAGUGAGGAAGACAAACCUGUACCUAACUUGAUUCUUCCAGAAACUGAUCAGUUUGUAAUUCCACAGUUUGAGUUAAAACAAAUGACGUUGGUGCAGAGUGGUAAAGCACCAGUUGAUUCUUUACCUGAUAGGGGAGUGUACUGGACUGUUAAUUUUGAUAGGUUUCAUCAAGAUAUGAGAGACAAAUUGAUUGUUAACGCUUUCACUAAAAAGUUUGACGAAAAUGCUGGGGAAUUUGUUAGGCUCUUGUUACAGCAGAUGUACAUUAGGACGACACCGUGGGCUGAAGUUUCAAAUCCUGUCCCAGUUAUCGAAAUAAGAGACAAUGUUAGGAAGCAAGCAACUCAUCAACAUUUGCUGGCAUUUUUUGAUCAAUAUGUCAGCGUUUUGGAACAGGAUAAUUCACAGCUGAUUAGGCAAGGUGGGGAAGCUGGUGGCGGUUCACUUCAGAUUUUUUUAAAAGAAGCUUUUGUACAAUUUGCUUGGGAAACUGUUGAACAAAUAGUAUUGGAAAAGUUUGAUUCAAAAGCAGCUAGGAUAUUUAGAUUGGUUAAAUCUAAGCAAUAUAUAGAAUCAGAUCAAAUACAGCAGCUGGCAAUGAUUCCCGCCAAAGAAGCCAAACGUCUGUCAUACCAACUUUUAGAAGAAAACUUCUUGCAGGUGCAAGAACUUAAAAAGUCUUCCAGUACAGGCCCUAACAAAAGUUUUACCCUAUUUCACAUAGAUAUAAAUCAAGUCAUUCGAAUGAUCCUUGAACUGUGUUACAAGACUUUAUAUAAUAUUAUGACUAGAAAGAAUCAUGAAAGACUAGUGCACAAGAGAAUCAUUGAUAAAAAACAAAGGGUUGAAACUAUUAUAAUGGGAAUGAGGGUUCAAGGAGCGGGAGACGAACAGCUGGCUGAUAUUGAAGAAAUGAUUACUCCCCCAGAAAAAGAAAUUCUUCAGAAAAUUGAUCUCACAAUGAAAAAACUGAACAGUGUAGAAUUGGAAAUAGAUGAGACUAUAUUCUUGUUGCAAAUGUAUUUAUUGUAUCAAUAAAAUUUAUUUUGUUUGAAAA